GCUCUGGAGGGCGGAGUCGCGGCGGGCGCCGGCUGAGGGAGGGGGCGCGGUGGCUUGGGAGUCUGACGCUCCUUCUGGCCACUGGCGCGAUGUUGGCUGCUGCAGAUCGGGCCCCGAGGCCCGCGGGGAUGUGACAGGCGGCCCUUCCCCUUACCUACGGUUCUUGGGCCCGUAGGGCUCUGGGCGAAAAGUAGCUGGGCCAAAGCCGAGGAAGAAGGACACAUCCGCAAGAUUCUGUCAAAUUUUAAGAACAAAUGUACCUUAUAGCUCAUGGAAGAAAAAACACAAAUCAAGACUUUUUUGGGUUCCAAGUUGCCAAAGUAUGGAACAAAAUCUGUAAGAAGUACACUGCAGCCAAUGUCAAGUGGGACACCUGUUAAUUUAUUGGGAACUUCCAAGAGUAGCAAUGUCAAAAGUUACAUCAAAAAUAACGGCUCUGAUUGUCCAUCACCUCAUUCAUUUAAUUGGAGGCCGGCUACUAAAUACCAACUUAGUGCACAAAGUGCUGAAGAGUCUAAUGAUACCCAAAGUUCACAUGAUAAAGUAACUAACCCUGAAAAACAUACAUCUGCUCAAGGAAUGUUUGCUAAAAAUGGGAUAAAAGGAGGUUUGAAAAGUGUUUCUUUAUUCACAUCAAAGUUAGCAAAGCCAUCCACUAUGUUUGUGUCACCUACAGAGGAGUUAAAACAAAAGUCUUUGUCUGGACCAUCUAAUUUGGGUAAAUUCACCAAAAGCACAUUUUUAGGAAGGACUUCAUAUUCUUCAAUCAGUGCUCCAAAAUCACAGUUGAAUGGAUUUUAUGGAAAUCGAUCGACUGGUAGCAUACAGAGGCCUAGAGCAAACUCCUGUGCUACCAGAAGCAGUUCUGGAGAAAGCUUAGCACAAUCCCUAGACAAUAUUAAAUCUCUUACUUGUGAAAAAAUGGUAAGGUCACAGAGUUUUUCACAUUCCAUUCAGAAUUCAUUCCUUCCACCUUCAUCUAUAACCAGAUCACAUUCCUUCAAUAGAGCUGCAGAUCUUACUAAGCCUUAUCAGAACCAACAGCUGCCCAUUAGAGUGCCUCUGAGGUCAACUAUGCUAACAAGAAAUUCCCAGCAGUCAGAAGUACUCAAUGGGAAUGAACAUUUAGGGUAUGGAUUUAAUAGGCCUUACGCUGCUGGUGGAAAGAAGUUGGCUAUACCAAAUGGCCCAGGUAUAACUUCCACUUUGGGUUAUAGGGUGGCUCAUCCCCCUCUACUGAAAUCUAGUCGAUCUCCAUUUUCUGGGACUAUCACAGUUGAUGGUAAUAAAAAUUCACCUGCUGGCACGUGUGUAGAGGAAGAUACUGCACUUUUGGCUAAGGUCAGAGCUACUGACAAGGACCAAGAGCUAAUUGAAAAUGAUAAUUAUAGAACAGAAAAUGGCCAGACCAUGAAGCAUGAUGCUAAAAUUAGAUACCUGAGUGAUGAUGUGGAUGAUAUUUCCUUGUCUUCUUUGUCAUCUUCUGAUAAGAAUGAUUUAAGUGAAGACUUCAGUGAUGAUUUUAUAGACAUAGAAGACUCCAACAGAACUAGAAUAACUCCAGAGGAAAUUCCUCUCAAAGAAGAGAAGCAUGAAAAUGAACCACCAAAGGAUAUAUUUGAUCCCAAGGAAAAUGAAAAACCUUUCAGUAAAACUGAUGAGUGGAUAGAUAUAAGUGUCUCUGACAGGAGUGAAUGUACGAAACAUAAUUCUGGGAAUAACUUGAUUUCACCAGAUACAGACUACAGAGUCGGUUCUUCAUUUGAACUCUCUCCAUCUGAUAGCUCUGAUGGAACAUACAUGUGGGAUGAAGAGGGCUUGGAACCCAUUGGAAAUGUCCACCCUGUUGGGAGCUAUGAGUCCUCUGAAAUGAACAGCAUAGAUAUUCUGAAUAAUCUUGAAUCAUGUGACCUUGAGGAUGAUGACCUUAUGCUUGAUGUGGAUCUGCCUGAGGAUGCACCUCUUGAAAAUGUGGAGUGUGACAAUAUGAAUCGCUUUGAUCGAUCAGACAGAAAUGUUCGGCAGUCUCAGGAAGGAUUUUGGAAAAGGCCACCCCAGAGGUGGAGUACACAGGAACAUUACCACCUCAGCCAUCCUGACCGCUAUCAUCACCAUGGAAAAAGUGACUUGAGCAGAGGCUCUCCCUACAGAGAAUCUCCUUUGGGUCAUUUUGAAAGCUAUGGAGGGACGCCCUUUUUCCAGGCUCAGAAGAUGUUUGUAGAUGUACCUGAAAAUACAGUGAUACUGGAUGAGAUGACCCUCCGACACAUGGUCCAGGAUUGUACUGCUGUAAAAACUCAGUUGCUCAAACUGAAGCGUCUGCUGCAUCAGCAUGAUGGAAGUGGUUCAUUGCAUGAUAUCCAGCUAUCAUUGCCAUCUAGUCCGGAACCAGAAGAUGGUGAUCAAAUAUGUAAGAAUGAAGAUUUAUUAAAUGAAAUAAAACAACUUAAAGAGGAAAUAAAGAAGAAAGAUGAAAAAAUCCAACUAUUAGAACAUCAGCUUGCAACUCGAUGUAACUGUCACCAAAAACCUAAAGAGGAAAAAGGCACAUAUGCUGAUAAAUAUACCCAAACACCCUGGAGAAGAAUUCCUCCUCAAGUACUACAGCCUUCCAGCAGCCUUCCCAGACCCACAGACCACACCCAGGGAAAACUAAUAAAAUCGCAACAUAUCGAGGACCACAGUGAAUGCACAACCCAGGGCAUGCAUCAGGGUAUUGCACAUCUGGAUGAAAGCUUUACACAUAACUUGCAACAGGAAAGCAACUGUGGUGCAGAAGACCAACCUUUUUCCUCAAGCCCGCAAUUCACUAAGGAUGUGGCUAAGAGUACACCUUUGGAAGCAGACUUGAACACGACCAUGGAUGUGCAAGAGCCUUAUCAUUUGGCAAAUAAUCAAAUUAAUGAUUUGCAGAUUGUACCCACUUCUCCUCAAAUACUUACCCAGUCAAGUACAGUAGACCAGGCUAAGAGAGUUGGAAGAAAUCAGUCUUCAUUGGAGGACUACACAUGUCAGCCCAAAUCCUUACAGUUUUUUAAGCCAUCCAACUUAAAUUCUUUGGUACCUCCUUCAGUUUCUGAACCAUCUUCUAGUAGGACUCCCAUUUGUAAGAGCUCACCAAUAAUUGCACCAUGUAAUUCAGCAAAACUUAAGCUAACAUCUAGUCAGACAAAUCUUGCAAAUAAUCUAAAUCUAAAGGCAUCUAAGCUCCGCCCUCCUGGCUCUUUCAAACAAAAACAAAGCAACCCCCGACUAGAGCCUCAAAACUUUCAGGCCAAGACAAGCAUCCCAAGGCCACUAACAAAAAGAAAAGAGAUCAUGCAGAAUCCAAAUGGCAUUUUGAAUUCUGGGGAUUGUUUGGCCUCUAAUCGAUAUUCUCGUCUUCCUAAACCAAAGAUACAUUAAGUACAUAGCCAUCACCUGCCAAUUUGUUUUUUUAAAAAACAAUCUGUUCUAUAAUAGCUCUUUAUGCAGUUUGCUGCCGUGAUAGAGCUUGCAAAAUCUCAAAAAUUAAAAUAUGGAUGCUUCUACUAAUUUGGGCUUUCCAUUUUAUAUCCUGGUUGAAGUACAUAGCAUUUGAGUAUAUUUGUCUCAGGUAAACACAAAGUUUGCUUACCCAUCUCAGAGGCCUACAGAAGGCUUUAAUCAUGUUAUGCAUCCCUUUGCACAUCAGAAAAUCCAUAAUAUUCACCUAGUAGGCAAGAAACGUGCUUUGCUUAUUUAGUCCUUUUAAGGUCUGUAUUAAAUGUGGUUCUCAGAGCCUCUUUUUCACUUGUCCCUCUUGUGAAUAUGGUUAUUAUUUAAAUAAAGAUUUGGUGAUAAUGGAAGAUGGUACUCUGUAAGCAGAGUUCUGGCCAAUGAUUUGUCUAUUUAAAAGGUCUAUGCAAAAGCUCUGUGAUGAAUAAAGGAGAUCAGGCCUUGAAUGGGAAGUCUGUGUAAGUUUUAUUUUCCCUAGCAUCAGCAAGCUACUCUGAAUGUUUGUUUACCAAAUAUCCCAGGCUAAAAUGUAUAAACCAUUUAUAUAUUACUUAAACAUUUUGUUUUAUACACACACACCAUUGUGUUUGUUUUUGCUACUGGAUAAAUUUUGGAAAGCUUGAGAUAUAUCUUGAAUCCUGUACCUAAAGAUGUAUUCAUUUAUAGCAUGUUGGUGCUAGAGUUUUGCUGGUAAUUCAAUUUGGAACACUUAUAGGCUUAUGGACCCAUGAUAGCUGUUUUAAAGUUCCAUCACAUAUAUAUUGUUUUUAAUGUAAUAUGUAUAUUUAUUUACUUUCUGCUAAUAUCUGAGUACUAGAAUAAUGGACUUGAAAUGUUUGCACAAAACUUUGAUGGGCUAUAAAUAUCCUAUAAAUAGGGAUAUAAGACUAGUUUCUGCAGUAAAACAAGUUAAAAUAUUUUCACAAUAAUUAUAAAUUUAAGACUAACUUGAAAAAGCUAGCAUUCACAGUAUUUUUGUUCUACUGAGUUUUUCAGGUUUCCCUUUUAUAUUGGUAUAUGUUUGAGUGGUAAUUUCUUGAAAAGUAGCUUUUGGAAGAAAAAUAGAAUUAGAGAGGGGAAGUUAUGUUUUUAUUAAAAGGUAUUAAAAGAUGUUUCAAUGGCAGUAUGCUUAUUUAAUGUUCUAGAAAGGUAGCUGUGGAACUGCCAAGGGACCAGAUGUACUAACCUAAUCAUGCUGUGGACCGCUCUUCAGAUGGUUCAGUAAAUUUGCCCCCCUGUCCUCUCAAAUCAUGUCCUCUUUAGGUUGUUCACUGUUGCUGCUUUAAUUACAAUUAUUGUCUUUCAGAGAGAGAGUAUUUUACAGUGUGAACUUUUGUUGUGAUCAGCUGGCUAAAAUGUAUCCAAAGGGGCUCUGGCCAAAAAGUUAGUCACUCAAAUUUCUAGAGAUUCCUUUUAAAAAUAUACAUUGGUGAAAUUGUGUGCCCCUUUUUAGAGAAAUAACAGCAUGUGUUUUACUGUAAAAUUUGAGAAGUGAUUACUACCAUUUUGAUGUAGCCUUCCCUUACCAUUCCCUUACCAUUCCCAGCGAAUUUGCUAUUCGCUGGUUACAAACCAUUCUUGGACUUGGUCACAGGUGACUAUCUUAUUCUCAUUCUACAACACUUCUUCAGGGGAAGCACAGUAGUUCAGAAAGUUUUUCACAUUUUCCAGAUAUUGUUAGUAUAAAAUGAUUAGACAUAUCAACAAAUCUCUUGUUUGUUCAUAGAGAUGAGCAGUAGCUCCAAGUGGGUACAUGUGGUCCUACAUUUUGAAAGAGAAAACUUAUAUCUUACAAAUGGGAUGUUAUUACCCUAUAUUUCUUUAAAGGAAUACAUACUGAUGAAUUAGGAGGGUUUUGGUUAAUUUAGAAGCUGAUAGAGAUUCUCCAGGCACAUCAUUAGAGGGCAGGUUUCUUUGGAAAAAACCGUAAUACUGGGAAACUAGAAGGCAACAGCAACAGGAAAAAAGGAAGACCAAAUAUAAGAUGGAUUGACUCCGUAAUGGAAGUAAUAGGCAUGAGUUGACAGGAGCUAAGCAGGACUGUUGAGGACAGGACAUUGUGGACAUCACUCAUUCACAGGGUUGCCAGGAAUUGGAGUCAACUUAAUAGCAUGUAACACAAAUGUGCGCUUGUGUGCGCCCUCACUCGCUCACUCGCUCGCUGUCUCUCUCAACAUUAUUUACAAGUAGGCCUUUGUCUUUAAGGAAGUUUUAGUUUUUUACAUUAUUUUUAACCCCUAGUCUGAGGUAAAUGUCCUGGCUAUUACAUAAAAAUACUGACUUCUGCAAUUUGUCUGUUCUAAUGUUUUCCUGCUCUUUUUUUCUCCCUGAUGAAUUUGCAGAAAUAUGAAUCAACCCAUCAGUUCAAAAUAUACCUUUGUUGAGCUUUAAUCUUAGCAGAAGGCUGAUCGAUAUAUAUAUAAAAAUAUAUAUCAUAAUAUAUUUAAGAGAAAAAAAUUAGGAUGCUUGCACAAAACAAAGUAUUUGCCUGCAGUUUUCUUUAGAUACUGCAAGAGUAUUAUGUUAUGCUGCUCCUUAGUAACCAUUUGUCAAAAAUGAGGUGAGGAUGUAGCUCGCCUUAAUCUCUGUUUAGUGCUUCUAUAAAUCAACUCUGUGCCAAAACCCCUCCACAAGAACUCAGGUCAUUUUUUUCUUAGUUCUUGUGAUUUCAGUGAAGAUGGUUGCAGUAUAUGAAUUCCAAGUUGUUAGGAAGUUUUCUGGGGAUUGGGUAAGUUUCACAUUUGUGAAAGAGAAAAUUACUCGAGUAGGUAGAAUUAUACAUUUGGCUUUUAAUGGGAUGCCUAUCAAAUUCUUUAAAGAAAGCUUGGCCUAGGCCCUAAGGCAUUUAUCAGUACAGGUGCAGAUGAUUUUAAUGCAUUAAAGGAUUACAUCAUUUAGAUGUUAAAUCAUUUAGAAUGUUUAUAAAGACUGAGACCCUCUAAGCAUUUUUCUUUUGGAGUCUCUUUUUAAUUUGUGCAAUAUUUUCAGGCAUAUGGACUACUAUUCAUUGGGUUUAUGUAGAUAUUAGGGAACUUACUAAGUAUUUUAACAAGUAAAAACCUGAAUAUGAAAGAAAAUACCAGAUUUGCACUUUAAAUGAGCUUAACUGCUUGGAGCUGUGCCUGAAAUAUUGAAAUGCCUCCUAUUGGGUGUGGCUUUUUUGUUGAAAUAAAUUUGUUUGUUGCUGUUUGAAGUACAGCCUUUCACAGAAUUAUAUCCUCAGCAUGUCCCUUUUCCCAUUAAAGCACUAAGUUCUUUGAAUGUUUCAUUGACCCUCUAAGUAUUUUACUCAGCGCAUCAGAGAGAACAUGCUCCUCCUAUAGCUGUCAGUUCUAAAUCUUCCCGUAGCUUUAGAUGGUGGUACAGACACAGAGGUACACUUUUCAUUUCUGAGCAGAGUUGUCCUGAUUGUUUCCUGGUCUCUAGGGCACUGAGGAUAUAAUUUGGAAUCACCAAAUAGGUUUGCAAUGAUCAGUAAGACUGCAGCACAUUUUAGUUUACUCUCAUAGUAAACUUACGCAAUGGUUUUCGUGUUUAUAAAUUGGGUGGUUAUGUUUGCAUGCUUAUGCACACAUUUGAAAAUUAAUUGUAGCCGUAAUACAAAUACCCGAUUCUUACCUUGGGGACGGUGGCCUUGCUAUUUUUCUUAAUUCUGAUGCUUGGAUUAGAUUGUUCUAAUUUUCUUUCCACACCUCCCUUCAGUUUUUCUGCUGCAGUAACUUGAAAGACUACGUAUGAAAAAAUUAUUAUGACGGUGGACACCAAUGUACAACUAUGUUAUUAACUAAAGAUACAUCUUAUGUUUUAACUCCGUUGGGGAAAAGCUAUCCAUUUUCUCCGUGGUAAAGCAUCACCAUAACAAAAUAAUACUGACCCUAAGAAUUUAAGUCUCUAAGGCAUUACUAACUAAAAACAGAAAACACCACAAUCUUUAAUAUCUGCAGUAUUGUUUUUCCUAUUGAUUUAAAAAACCAGUUCAGACUAAAUACUGUAUAUUAGAAUUUGCUUGUAAAAUGAAUUAUAAGAACUGGAUGUAAAGUCUCUUUCCUCAGAAUGUUGGCAUAGUAAACAAAA